UGCUGGACCAUCACCACCUCCCGCCCGCCUUCACCCCCCUUCCGACACUAUUGUCGUCGACCUGUCUCUCGUUCUCUAUCAUCUACAUUCCACAUUCGCCGACUGCAGCGGAAAUCUCGCCGUAAUCCUACAACUAAUCCUCUCGGCCACCUCGACGAAUCACCUGCCGAUCACUGACACGAUCAAUCCCGACACGACCACAUAUCAUCAUCACCAUCACUCAGGACAGACACCGACACUAUUCGCUUGACCGGCUUUGUUCUCCACUAGAUUAUAUACUCCAUGUCCCGGUAGACCAGGAGCUCCAUUCUUCGCGUGUGCUUCGAGCAAUCGGAGCAGAAAUCACAUCGACCAUGACGGUAGCAUAUGAUUCUUCGGCUUACCGCGGCUGGUCGACCAGCAGCCAGUCCAACAUGGCCCUCGAGGACAAAUACGAGAUCAUCAAAGACAUCGGCGACGGAAGCUUUGGAAGUGUUUCAUUAGGUCGGACGCGGAGCGCUGGCGCCAAUGUCGUUCGACGAGGCACAUUGGUGGCCAUCAAGACGAUGAAGAAGACGUUUGAGAGCUUCGCACAAUGCAUGGAGCUACGGGAAGUCAUCUUCCUGAAGACGCUACCAAACCACCCACACCUUGUGCCCGCGUAUGACAUCUUUCUGGACCCCCUCAGCAAGAAGCUGCAUAUCGCUAUGGAGUACAUGGACGGCAACCUCUAUCAGCUCAUGAAAGCUCGCGACCACAAACCUUUGGACGGCUCAAGCGUCAAGAGCAUCCUCUUCCAAAUCCUUGCCGGUCUGGAACACAUUCACGACCACCAGUUCUUCCACCGGGACAUUAAGCCAGAGAACAUCCUGGUCUCCACCUCGGCUCACGACACUGGAAACGCGUUCAAGCGAUACUCGGCAAUGGUCACACCGCCGUCGACGCCUCCAGUGUACUCCAUCAAAAUCGCCGAUUUCGGUCUCGCCCGUGAGACCCAAUCACGCGUGCCAUACACGACAUACGUCUCGACUCGUUGGUACCGUGCUCCUGAGGUCCUCCUCCGUGCUGGCGAGUACUCUGCUCCCGUGGAUAUCUGGGCCGUCGGUGCCAUGGCUGUUGAGAUUGCCACCCUCAAGCCCUUGUUCCCUGGCGGCAACGAAGUCGAUCAGGUCUGGCGAGUAUGCGAGAUCAUGGGCAGCCCCGGCAGCUGGGUCAACAAGCAUGGCCAGAAAGUUGGCGGAGGUGAAUGGAAGGAGGGCAUCAAAUUGGCUCAGAAGCUUGGCUUCUCAUUCCCGAAGAUGGCUCCUCACUCAUUGGAGACUCUUCUCCCCGCGCCUCAAUGGCCGCAGAGCCUUGCCCAAUUCGUCACUUGGUGCCUUUUGUGGGAUCCUAAGGUCCGACCGACAUCCCGUCAAGCGCUUGAGCACGCUUACUUCCAGGACGCGGUCGACCCACUGCGCCCCAAGACGAGCUCGUCGCGCGUCAUCGGCCGCAAAGCUUCCAACAUUGGCAGCGUUGCCGAGACCACAGAGAAGGAACAUGUGCUUACCACCAAGACGUCAUCGUGGUUCAGGAAGUCGAUCGGUCCUCGUGAGGUGCCUACUCCGGGAGCCGUCGAGCCUGUCCCUGCGAUUCAGCAGCCAUCACCUCGACCGUCGCCGGUACACCACAACACUACCGAUCUCUCCGUGAGCGUGGCCAAGACCCGACCCGCGCCCACGAAACGCGCGACAUGGACCACCGGAGUCGCCCCGAUCCCCAUCCUGCCUUCCGUGAGACCAAUCUCACCACUACCAGACUCUGCCACUGCUCAAGCCAACGCGAGAAGGACAGAAGAAUCCGAGGAGCGAUCCAGCAAGAAGAUCGGUCGCCAGCUUUCCGUCAACUCCCAAGGCAACCACUACGCGGAUGUUCACCGGCAAGAAGCCGAGCGCGCUCUCAACGGAGGAAAUGGAUUGAAGUCGCCCACCGGAACCUCAAGAGAGAGCUUCUUCUCCCACCUGCGAAAGCGCGCGAGGCGGCUGUCCGGACGUCACCAGACUCCGAUCUCGCCUGCCGCCGAGGACAUGGAUACCGAGGCUGGUUGUGCACCAUGGGCGUCGUCCAACAUCAACAGACAGUCGGUCCAUGAGCCCAAGGCGAUCGCUCCUCAAGCGCAGGAUCCUUCCGCCGACCCCAACUUUGCCGAGCUGGAUCGCGCACUCCAAAGCGUACGGUACAGCUUGGAUGCUGCUGCGAACCCUGCAAACAUCAUCCCUGCCAAACAGCCCAUCAAGAUGCACAGCAACCCUGCGCUAAAGCGACACCACUCGCUACCACAUUCCGCGGACCCCAAAGCUUCACAGGUCUCAAGUGCUACUGGCUCCAUGCGCGCAAGGAGAUCGGUGAAGCACUCGACAAACAGCCGCUAUGAGACACCUGAUGAAGAAGACGAAAUCCUGGACGAGGCCAUUGCCUCGGCUCACCGGGCAGCGAAGCGUAUGAACAGCAUCACAGCUCAGCAACAAAAGACUCCUCGACCACCGAUGCCACAGGUCGCAUCUGAGCCUGGCUACCAUGUUCCAUACCUGACUCCGUCACCAUCAAAGGAUCAAAUCGGCUCACAAUACACCGCUCAGCAGCAACAGAGCACGCCCUCAAAACCACUCGACAUCCCACCCAACCGGACAGACAAGGCUUCAGUGAACCCACAAUGGCCAACGCCACCUUACGAGGAAAACGACUGGGCUUCAGCAGCAGCUGCGAGCAUCUAUGCUACUCAAGCAGCCUACAGAUAGUCGAACCCAUCCUCUGUCGACUCCGCCUUUUCUUUAUGUCUCUCUUCGUUUCUGCUGCGUCCAAGCGUUAUCAUUCGGGGGAGAGUGCUCCGGGUCUUUCAUCAUCCGUCCUAUUGACUUUCUCACCUCUCAUCCUCUGGACUGGCUUCCAUUGAGGUGGGACCCUUUCUCGCAUUUCGCUCAGCGAGCAACAUGCUUUUACGUACACUCACUACCACGAUCUACCACACCUUCGGGAUGAAUGCUCGAUCUUACCAUUCUUCGUCGUCAGCGUGGAAGUCGAACUUCCCCACGCCCGACACCGGACCAUCUUUUUCCUAGAGAAGGACGAUGACU